AUGAGUCGGCCCACCUUCUUUGAGGUGAAGGUCCUGGAUGCCAAAACCAAAGAGCAGCUUUGUUUUUUAGAUAAGGUGGAGCCCUACUCAACAAUCGGAGACAUCAAGGGGCUUUUCCACAAAUCAUAUCCUCACUGGUAUCCAGCAAGACAGGCCCUGAAGCUUGACCCCAAGGAAAAAUCACUCAGAGAUGAUGACAUCUUACAGAAUCUACCGGUUGGGACCACUGCCACUAUGUACUUCAGAGAUCUGGGUCCACAGUUAGGAUGGACUAUGGUGUUUCUGGCAGAGUCCAUCGGGCCCCUUCUCACCUACCUCCUCUUCUAUUUUCGAGUCCCGUACAUUUACUCACACAGAUAUGCCUUUACCUCCAGUCCCCAUCCUGUUGUCACACUAGCCUGUGCCUGUCAUACCUUCCACUAUAUGAAGAGGUUGAUAGAGACUAUCUUUGUGCACCGUUUCUCCCAUGGGACCAUGCCUCUCAGGAUAAUAGUAAGGAAUUGUGCCUAUUACUGGGGUUUCUCAGCUUGGUUGGCCUACUACAUCAACCACCCUCUUUAUACACCUCCAUCAUAUGGAGAACUACAAGUCAACUGUGCAUUGGUCCUGUUUGUGAUGUGUGAACUAGGCAACUUCUCCAUUCACGUGACUCUGAAUAAUCUCAGAGGAGAUGGAUCCAGGGUCAGAAGGUUUCCUGUGCCAACUAAGAACCCUUUCACAUGGCUGUUUUUCUUUGUGUCCUGUCCAAAUUACACAUACGAGGUUGGAGCUUGGGUGAGCUUUUCCAUAAUGACCCAGUGUCUGCCUGUGGCAUUGUACACAUUACUGGGGUUCAUUCAGAUGACCAUCUGGGCCAAAGGAAAGCACAGAGCCUACAGCAGGGAAUUCAAGGACUAUCCCAGCCUCCGGAUGGCCAUUAUCCCCCUGAUUCUCUGA